GGAGCAGAAACUCGGUCGUGUUCGUCGAAAGAUAAAUAUUUUUGAAGUGUAGCUUUUUUCAAAAGUGCUUUUUAUGUGUACAUGUAUGUGAGGACCUGUUCACAUACCUAUACCUAUCAUUUUUUUUUUUGUUAACUUGAAUGAUAAAUCAUUGAAAGUAUAGUGCUACCGAUGGAGACCGAUUGCUAUCCAGUCUUUUAAAAGCAGAGCUCAAGUUCAGUCUAACGGUAACCGAAAGCGGAUAGUUUAAAUAAAGCUUUUUCUAUUUUUUUUUUCAUCCUUAAAUACAAAUGUGUGUAUAUGGUUUUUGCAUCAGUGUUAAACGGUUAGCCAGUGUCUUAUCUUAAAAAGAAAAAAAGAAUAAUAUAAAAUAGAAGUAAAGAAUGAUGUGAUGCUUCAUAAAAUAAGAAGAGUGAAUAAUUGUGAAAAUAAAUUAGGAAAAUUAAUUGUGCGGUGAAUUUCAUGCCAUUUUGGAUAAAUGCACAGAAACAAAAUAUAACACACAAUUUCUAUGGGAUAGUUAAAAGGAUUAUCGACAUGCAAGAAGGCGUUUUCUUGAGAUAAAUAUAUUUUAUUUAAUGAUGUGCAAAUCCCAGGAAGGAAAAUUUCUGAUUUUACGCUUCACAUCUUAUUGGAUUAAAAAUCAAAGGAUUAUUUGCACAAAAGGAUCUUAAAAUAAAGUAAAGGAUGAAAGUGUUCUAAGCUUAAAAAUUAAUGCAAAUGCAAAUUAUUUUUAGCGAUUGAUAGGUAUGACGAGUUCUCAACAUGUAUAUGUACGAAAUAGUUCGCAAAUAAUUUCUUUUAUUCCAAAAAAGUACGAUAUUUGCUUAACGACGCUAAUUGUUCAUCUGUAGCUCCCACCUCACCACCUGUAAACAGUAAUUGGACUAAAAACAAUGUUACCAACGUAUGAGCGAAAUAGUAUGUGAAAAUCGUUUCGAAAGUUCAUAUCCGAUCGAAAGGGUACUCUAAUUGUUCGUUUUCGUCAUUCGAAUGGUCUAGAUUUGCUUCGAGGAUGAACAAUUUUACCUUACUGGGCAUGAUGUUGUUUUUUAGUCUUAUUUUUACUUGAAAAAAAAAGCAUUGAACGUUAUAACGUAGUUUGUUGAUGAUUUAACAUGAAAAGAUUGUUCUUCGCAAUAUGCUGCACAGCUUUGAUGACAAUUUCGCGGUUUUGAUGGCUGCACUAUUUAUGUUUAUAAUGGCUUUAGUUAUACAGGAAUCCAGGACUACCAAUGAGAUGCUCUUUAUUCGACAUGGAAGGUCUCGUGUUCGUCACUCAAAUGAAAAAGACCACAUUCGGUGGGGAUUACAGGCAUUUGACAACCUUACAUUUGAUUAUGAUGUCUACGACAAUGAUAGCAUAUCUUUUGGUAGUGGAAGUGGAAGCAAUGUUGGACAACUUUUCGGCAGUGAUUUUUGGUUCAAUUCCGAAAACAAUAGCUCAAUAAGCAUGUUCAAUCAAACAAUUCAGAACCCCAAACAGGAUACGAUUACAGCUGAGGAUGCUGAAGUUAAUAAUAUUCAAAUAUCUUCAACUACCAUUACACCAGCUGAGCCAAUAGUUUUGAAAAGAAAAAAAAUUCACAAAAAGAAAAUCAUGGAAAACAUUCGUAAAAACGUGGACAAAGGCUUGGAGUACCUCAAGACGCAUAAGAAUUUAGCUCAACCCACUGUAAAUAUAAUCCGCAAUUCAGAAUUAGGUCUUCAAAACAAUGAAAAACAUCAACAAGUGUUACCGGAGACGUCUAUUGAUAGUAAUGCUGAAGCGGAAAGAGUAACUGCAAGUUCUGUUGCGGUUUUGAAACCAACAAACAAUAUAUUUUUGUCACAUUCAGAGUCCUCACGGUACAAUCAACAACAGUCAUCUAUUGUCGCCCAAAGGGAAACAUCAUAUAUAACGACAGAAAAACAUCAUGUGGCUUUCUACACUCCAGAUGGCAAGGACAAUGAAAAUGGUGAUACUCAUGACGACAGGGAAUCGCCGCCAAGCACUUCAUUACGGAAAGCAGAAUUUCGUGCCAGUAAAAAUAAUGAAGGUGAUUACGAGUUGAAUGAUGAAAACGGUGAUAACAGUCAAAUAUACCUUCAUACAGGUGAAAGGGAACUCAAUCAUUCAACAAGUGGUAGCAUUGAUCAAAAGGACCUUGCUCACGUAGUUGUACAGGAAGCAGAUUCGCCAGACGUUAAUUUUGAAGAAAUGUAUAUAGAUAGAGGGGUAGUGGCUGUGGGAGGUGGUGAAGACGACAAUUUAGGAAGCGAAAUAGAUGCAUUUAAUUUGGAUGAAAAUGGUAACAGCUUAAGCCUGGAUGAUUCUUCUAGAAAUAUGGAUACAAAUAAAUACUUGGAAGAAGUUGGAGAUAGUGCUACUAACGAAGAUGAAUUGUAUGAUUGGGAUGAGAUAAGUCGCAAUAACAGAAGAAAUUUAAUGCGCGGCAGAGAUGUUGUGACAAAAUUUUUGCAAAUUGUUGAAACUCAGCAUUCUUUGGGUUCCAAUUGUGAAGCAGGAACUUCACUUAAUUUAGGUGAAGGAGUUGUAGAUCGAUAUGCACAGGAUCGGUUUAGAGUCGAAGCGGAAGUUGCAGUAAAUAGAGCAAAUAUGCUGACGAGAAUAUUCAAGAUGACAUCGCCUUCAGUGCAGGCAUCCGUCAACCUCUUACAUGCUUCAGUUUUGUCAAUGGUAGAAUUCGAUGACGAUAUAUUUGCAGCUGGAAACUGUUUCGAUUGGAAUCAGCAUCCAUCACAACAAGGAUUAUUUUGUCCAUUUGCUUAUAGGCUACCAGCACCAAAUCAAGGAGCAUUAUUUGCAAAGGAUUUAGCAACAGAAUAUCACUAUCUUGGGAAUACUUCAGAAUGGUUUUUUCUGGCAAGAAAAAAUGCAAAAAAAGUCAUUGCUCGGAACGAUCAAUACAUCAAAGCUUUUCAUUUGUAUUCUAAUAAAACUGAUGAAAGAGUUGAAGAAGACACACUGUCCGUGCAUUAUGAAGAUGGGAGAUGGUCCAAGCCUUACUAUGAUUGUGGUGGCGGAAAUAUUUGGAUGUUGACAUACACCGUCCCUUUUUUCGGAUUUGAAAAUGGAACUUAUUUCUUCAAAGGAACAUCGGGUAUUGAUAUUGAUUUAAGACGUGUAGAUAUUGAUCAAUGCCCACAACGUAAUACCUUAGGGGUAGUGCAGCCUUUGAACAUAUUUGCAGGAACGGACAAAUGCAAGCAACGCACGACAAUGUGUGAAGCUUUAAAAGGACUGGGAUUCAGGCGUGGUUCCUACAAGUGUAUAUGCCGAAAGGGAUUCUAUUUCCCAGACACUAUAUCGAUGCAUAAAUUUUUCAACGGAAGUAUUUUAGAGGAAGAAUAUGAAAAACUUAUGCUGGGUAAAAAUUCAACGUACAACAAUAUUCAGGAGUACGAAUGCUUGCCGUGUGCAGAAGGUUGUGAUUCAUGCGAAGAUAGUUCUCCAUGCAUAGCCGCUCUUAACUGGCCAAUGAGGACAAGUAUACUUGUGCUAGCGUGUACUAUUAUUGGACUGUUACCACCAGCCGCAUGGUUUACAUUUCGUUAUCAACAGGUUAAGGUUGUUCGAGCUGCAAGUCCUGCUCUAUUGAGGGUGAUAGCGAUGGGUGCGUUUUGUAUUUAUUGUACGACAAUCGUUAUGUAUCCCAAUCCAUCACUGUAUACUUGUACAGCAAGAAUAUGGCUUCGCGAAAUUGGUUUCUCUUUGACUUAUGGAGCUUUAAUGCUUAAAACAUGGCGAAUAUCAGUAAUCUUCCGUGUUCGAUCAGCAAAGGCUGUGAAAAUAACUGAUGCAGCUCUAUUAAGGCGGCUAGGGGUUAUCUGUGGGGUAAUUGGAAUUUGCUUAUUAGUGAGAACCCUAGUAUCACCACCUAUAGUUGUUGUUAAAAGGACGGCAGAUGAUCUGAAAGCGUUUCUAUGUAAAACGGACUGGUGGGAUUACACUUUUACAUCAAUGGAAGUCCUAUUUCUUGCCUGGGGAGUAAGAUUGUGUAUUAUGGUUAGAAAAGCACCAUCAGAGUUCAACGAAAGCCGUUUCAUAUCUAUGGCAAUUUAUAAUGAGUUCUUACUUACAUGCUUUUUGAACGUUUCUAUGUUAUUUUUGCAGUCACCAGCGAACCCCGACCUUUUGUAUAUUAUAUUCUUUAGUCACACUCAGUUAACUGUGACACUUCUUUUGGGAUUAAUUUUUGGGAGCAAAGUCUAUAUUGUUUUGCGAAGUGGAAAAUCUCAUCUUGAAUCAAUUGGAAUGGGAGCGAAAUCUUCUGGAGCAAAAUUCAACUUCCGACCUCAAAUACGAACUUUCGGGAAUCCAAGUUCAGCAACUACCUCGACAGCACAGUUAGAAACGAAAUUAUCUGAUCAAGAAGCAUUAGAAGAAAUUCGACUUCUGAGCUUGCAACUACAACGUAUACAGGAAAUGGCACCUCCAAAAGGCAUCGCCGUUACAACAAUUUCGCAAUUACUUGAGAGUUUAAAAUCAUCUUCCAGCAGCCAAUUACAAUCUUCAACAACGAAAUUACAACAACAAAAUUCCCAUAUAUCAAUAUUUUCAUUAAACAAUGAUGCCGAUAAAAAUCAACAAAAUAAUAACAUUUCAUCAAUAUUACCCGUUACAACGAUUACCCAAGGCUCUCAAGCUGUACAAUUUGCUGCUAAAUCGGUCAAUACUUCCAUGACUGGUGAAGAUUUUGUGCAAAGCUUAUUGCAACUCAAUACAAACAUGAAGUGUAAUAGUUGCAAGCAAUUAGAGAAAAUGAGUUCAGUAACGCUAUCGUGCCAACAACUAGGAUCUCCUCAACCGGAAGGCAGUAUAAGUUUCUCUAAUAUAAAAUUAGAUUGUAUGUGUUCUCAACCAAGCAAUUUAGAUAAUAUAUGUGAAAAUGUGGAACGCAUGGAAUUGGAAAAAUGUUUAUCAGAAACGACACAAUCUUCAGGUUCCUGCCAUGCAAAGCAGGGAUCAAGGACAAAAGUUAAAAAAUCUGGUGUUUAUAGUUCCUCCACUCUUGGAGCAGCAAAAUCUAGUUCAUCUGUAAAAAUUACGAACGAAAAUAAACUGAUUGGAGGGAAUAUUUCAAAAAAUAUUAUUUGUGAUAAUUACAAAAGAAGUGAACAUUUUUUAAUAUGUGAUAGUUGUAGAAAUAAAUUAAGUAGAAGUUUGAAAAAAAUUUCUUCAUCGUCUGGUUCCAGCGGAAGGAGAUCAGUAAAGCAUCGAAGCAACAAAAAAUUAGAUAAAUUCAAAUGUGAUCCACCAUUUGCAAUAACCGGCAGUUUAAGCAGUACUUCUAGUACAAUAGAAAGCUGCGCUGCAUCGCCCUCAUGUAGUGUAAACAAUUUAGACCAAAUUCACAAAAAAAUCCAUUCAACUGAAGAUUUAACAUUUUAUACUACCGAUGAUGAGACUGGUGGAAGUGCUAAUGGGGAUCUUAAUAAAAUAAUAUUAUUAUCUAAAGAAAAAUCAAGAUCAAUAACUUCAUCAGCUAGUAUUUUGCCCGUUUUCCGUUCAGAUAAUAAUGGAAGCCAAAGCAACCUAUCAUUUGCUUCCAACGGUGCUAAGCCAAAUAGUGAUCCUCGAGCUCCACGCCGACCUGAUAAGUUAAUUCUAGAUUUAAAUGAUCGUUCCAAAUACACGAAAGAAGUUUCAGUUUAGAAUUAUGUAAAACCAAAAAUGUAAAUUACUAUAAAAUAAGAUAAGAUUUUUUAAGACAAGACCACCUAAUUGAAUCCAUUUCUAUAUGAGAACCAAAUAUCUUUAGUAUUAUAUAAUUAUACAUAAGAAAAACUUUCUGUUACUAAACUAAGUCAUAGACUUUUUGAAGAACCUUAUUCAAGCUGAAAACACUCACUCCAACGACCAUACAAUAUAAUAUCCACUCCGAUUGAUUUACACCAUUAAAAAGUACAUACACGAGCCCCGUGUACUGUUUUUUGUUCGUUGGAUUGAUAGUGUUUUGGCGUAAUUAUAAAUCCCAUUAGGCAUAUCUUUAGAUUUAUAUGUAUCUACCUAUCUACCUUGAAAAAAAGAAACAAAAUAGAAAUGUUAUUUUUUUGUGUAAGGAAGAUGAGUUUCUAUAUUGUUGAAUAAAAGGUUGAAUUGUUACCUAAA